AGGCAUGUCAAGCAAUAAUGAAAAAAAAAAACAAGAACAGCAUGGUGGACGAAUGUACCUGUCUUUUUCUCUGUAAUCUUCAUAAUAGAUCGAUACAGUCUGUUUUUCUGUUGCUAACAAUGUUGUUACUUGAAGUUCCUUUCUAAUUAGCAUUAAAUUUAUUAUAAAUAUUGUGCUGGCGUUUCGCGGGAAAUGUGCUUUCAAUUAAGAUUUUUUCCUGCUUACUUUCCACAUAGCAUACGACUGUGAAUAACUAAAUGAAAUAUCUCGUGAAAAAAGUGUAAUAAGAUAUAAGAUAUUAUGUUUUAAAAUGAAGUGUCACUACGAAGUAUUGUGUUUAACCAAAGAGGCGACUCCCUCUGAGAUAAAAAAGGCGUACCGAAAAUUGGCCUUGCAAUGGCAUCCGGACAAAAAUUUGGAUAACCUGCAGGAGGCUAAAGAACAAUUUCAGCUAGUACAGAACGCGUAUGAAGUCCUUUCAGAUCCGCAGGAGAGAGCUUGGUAUGACAACCAUAGAGAGCAAUUGUUGAGAGGUGCUGGCAGCUCUUACAAUGAUGACAGUCUUGAUGUUUAUCCAUACUUCAGUCCUUCCUGCUACAAGGGCUUUGGUGAUGAUUCCCAAGGCUUCUACGGAGUAUACACUGAAGUAUUCUCUAAACUGGCAGCAGAAGAGACAGAUUUUCUCGAUGAUCCUGAGGAUGUCUCUAAAAUACCUAAAUUUGGCAACUCCACUACUCCUUAUGAAGAUGUGCAUGAAUUCUAUGCUUACUGGAUGUCUUUCUCUACAAAUAAAAGUUAUGUCUGGUUAGAUCAGUAUGAAAUUCAGCAGGGCGACAACCGUAGAGUCAUCAAAUUGAUGGAGAAAGAGAAUAACAAGUUACGGCAGAAGGCACGCAAGGAGCGCAAUGAAGAGAUCAGGAGACUUGUGAGCUUCGUUCGUAGGAAGGAUAAGAGAGUCAUUGAGCAUACCAAGUUGUUGCAGGAAAAAGCUGAAGAGAAUAAGAAAAAGUCAGAGCAAAUAAGGAGGGAGAGGAUCCUCCAAAGACAAAAAGAGAUAGAAGAGGCGAAGAAAAAAGAAGGGGAGAGCUCAUUUCUUCAGAGUGAAGAUUACCAAAAGAAACUUAGCGAAAUUGAAUCUUUGCUUGCCGAAGAGUUUGGUAUAUCAUCUGAUGACGACACUAUUAGUGAAGGCGGUAUGGAAAGUAGUAAUGAGGAGAGUUCUAAGACUGAAGAGGCAAGUGAAGCAUCAAAAGUGACACCAAAAUCGUCAACAACAAAAUCAAAACAGUCCAUUAAGAAUUUGUAUUGUACAGCAUGUAGCAAACUGUUCAAAAAUGUGAAGUCCUUUGAGAACCAUGAGAAUAGCAAGAAACACAAAGAGAAUGUUGCCAACAUGACACUGGAUGAUGGUAUUGCAAUAUCCGACCAAGAUGAAAAAGAUGAAGUGAUUGAAGAGUCUAAUGAUUGUGGUAAAGUUAAUGGAGAAACAGAGGAUGAUAAAGACCCUGUAGGAAAUUCAACAUCUGAAAUUGAGGACAAUGAUAUCAGGGAAACACUUAGUGACGACUCUGACAAAAUACAGGCCCUCCCAAAAAGUCAUAAGAAGAAGAAGAACAAAAAGAAAUCAUUUAUACCAAUGGCUGAAAGUGAGGGUAAUGACAGUCACGAUGAGAUGAGCUUCAAUGAAAUUGAAGGCCCAUCCCGCAGUAGGAAAGCUAAGAAAUUCAACAUGCUCAAAAGUCAAAUACAAGCGAAAAAGGAAGCAAAUCUUAAAAAAGGAUCUCAAUCUCAAACCUCCACCGAGAAUUUGUAUGAAGUCUCAAGUACAACACCCACUGAUGACGCAUUAGGGGACACAGCGUUGCCCAAAGAUAGACCAGCUUUGCCGAAAAUGCAGAGAAAUAUUAAGCCCAAAAAAAUGGUGGACAGAAAACCCAUGAGAACCAAAACAAGUGAGACAGAAGACUCUAGUACUGCUCUGAAUCUUCGAUGUGCAGUUUGUCAGUCAGAUUUUUCAUCAAAAAAUAAGCUGUUUGACCAUUUAAAGUCGACGGGACACUCAGUGCCUCUGCCUCAGACUAGUUGCUCACAUUCUAAGAAAAACAAACGGGCUAAUAGAUAAAUGUGCAAUGAAUUUAGAUAGGAUGAAGUAUAAUUAAUCAGCGAAAAUCAUUUCGAUUUUCUUUAAAUCUCUACAAGUUGUAAAGUUACUUUAUCAUUAUUAAAUUAUUAUGAUCACUGUCAUUAAAACUAUGCCUAAUAA